UUCUGAGUGGCACACUAAGCUCCGCCACCAUGCAUCUCUGGAGUGCUGAGGUGGUACCACACCUGCUCCAGACACACUAACCGAAGCCAGGGUUCACCUGAUGGCCUCCCAGCUUCGCCAAGCCUCAGCUUGCUCAGUGCUCAGUGCACCCGACGCCCAUCGCUGUGAUGAAGACCGCCAGCCGUGCCCAGCCCCGCAGCAGUCCUCCGCUGGUCCAGAUGAGGCGCUACACACCCGGGGUGUAUCCUUUCCUGUUCCCAUCGAUCAUCAGCUCCCUGCCACAGCUGCCGCCAUCAUCGCCGCAGAGGCUGCAGAUCCAACAGCCGUCCAGCAGCGGCAGCACACCCUCGCCUGUUGCCAUUGAAACACAGAGCACUAGUUCUGAAGAGCUGGUCCCCAGCCCGCCGUCCCCGCCGGCCCCUCCUAGAAUCUACAAGCCCUGUUUCGUCUGCCAGGACAAGUCCUCUGGUUACCACUAUGGUGUCAGUGCUUGUGAGGGCUGCAAGGGUUUUUUCCGCCGAAGCAUCCAGAAGAACAUGGUGUACACGUGUCACCGGGACAAGAACUGCAUUAUCAACAAGGUGACGAGAAACCGAUGUCAGUACUGCCGCCUGCAGAAGUGCUUCGGAGUGGGAAUGUCCAAAGAGUCUGUUCGAAAUGACCGGAAUAAGAAAAAGAAGGAGAGCCCAAAGCCCGAGCUGGCAGAGAGUUAUGAGCUGACAGCCGAGCAGGAGAACAUCAUUGAAAAGAUCCGUAAGGCCCAUCAAGAAACCUUCCCCUCCCUCUGCCAGCUUGGCAAAUACACCACGAACUCGAGUGCAGACCACCGUGUGAGGCUGGACCUGGGCCUGUGGGACAAGUUCAGUGAGCUGGCCACUAAGUGCAUUAUCAAGAUCGUGGAAUUUGCCAAACGAGUGCCUGGCUUCACAGCGCUGACCAUCGCAGACCAGAUCACUCUCCUGAAAGCUGCCUGUCUGGACAUUCUGAUCCUGCGCAUCUGUACGAGGUACACCCCUGACCAGGACACCAUGACCUUUUCGGAUGGGCUGACCCUCAACCGGACGCAGAUGCACAACGCUGGCUUUGGCCCACUCACCGACUUGGUGUUCACUUUUGCCAACCAACUGCUGCCCAUCGAGAUGGACGACACGGAGACAGGCCUCCUCAGCGCCAUCUGUCUCAUCUCCGGAGACCGUCAAGACCUGGAGGAGCCCUCCAAGGUGGACCAGCUCCAGGAGCCGCUCCUGGAAGCUCUGAAGAUCUACGUGAGGAAGCGGCGGCCCAGCAAACCGCACAUGUUCCCCAAAACCCUUAUGAAGAUCACAGACCUGCGCAGCAUCAGCGCUAAAGGAGCAGAGCGGGUCAUCUCUCUGAAGAUGGAGAUCCCGGGUUCCAUGCCGCCGCUCAUCCAGGAGAUGCUGGAGAACUCAGAGGGCCAAGAUGGCCAGAGCAGCAGCAGCAGCAGCAGCAGCACUAGCAGCAGCACUUCAGCGGAGGCGGGGGCCAGCCCCAGCAGUAAGGGAAGCCCCAACGAGGACGCCGCUGAGUCGCCAGAGUCGGACACCGAGGGGGCUACGGCCACACCGCCCAGCGACGAGCCCUAGGAGGCUCUCUCUGACAUUCCUUUGCACAAAAAAGGAACAGCCAGGCAAGGUGCCGACCCUCUAUAACCCCUCUAUCGCCACUCCUUUGCUUGGUAUUCCGUUAUCUUUACAUCCUCGUCCUAUUUUUCUCCCCCAUGUCCCCUAAAGUUUCCUUCCUUAAAAAGAAAACGUCAACACGGAGGCCUCAAAGGAUCAGUGCUUUGUGUAUAAUUCUGAAUUGAGCUCUUAUUUGGCGUGGUGUCUCUGGGACAGGAAGACGUGGCCCUCGCAAGCCGCCAGAGAUGAUACUCCUCAGGUCUCCUGUGUAAAUUCUUAUCUGCAUGACGGGAGUUGGAUAAGUGGUUUUACUCUUCUUUCUCUCUCUCUUUCUCUGUCCUCAUCUCUUCUCAUUUCUCGUAUUGUUGGCAUACGUACAUUGUACAUACCAUUGUAUGGUUAGAUCUCUGUUCCUAUGAUGAAUUUUGUGGUGCUUUUUUCAUUGUCUUAAAUAUUAUCUUUGAGGCGAUACAUCAAGGUUUAAAGCGGGACUACUUGUAAGUCCUUCAAAAUGUUAUCUAGAAUGUUAUUGCAUAUAGACAUUACGGAAGUCUAAUAUUUUAUAUUUGUUCCUAUAUUUAAAAACUUUUUUUUUUUGUCUUUUACAACACUUCUCGGUUCAUGUCUCUACAUGAAUGAGUGUACAUCCAUGCCGCCAGAAUGCAAAGCUUCUCUCCAUAUCAACAGCCGAAUCUGUUCAACUGUUUCCUCAAAGGAGAGAAGCACAACAGCAGAAGCCUUUGAUACACACUCAUCAGAUUGGCGUCGUCUGUUUAAGUCUCAGUCUCGACAUGAAUCACCGAGACCCGACGAACGAGAUUAGAUUUAGAAUGAGCCGGUCUAUGAAAUCAACUCAUCUGGUGGCUGUAUCUCCUCAGUGAAUCAGUUUACCUCACUGUCAAAACUAAUUGGGAAAAUUAGGUUGCUGAUAGAUGCCAGAGAUUUCUCCACAGCAGGCUGUGAUCACAUAGGACUCUUUUUGUAUUCAUUUCCCUGUUAUUAACUGGACCAUGAUUCAACUCAAACUGUGUCGCACUUUAUUAUUAUCAUCUGGUCAGUUAAGAGGUUUAACACGUUUAACACGCCAAUGUUGUGCCAAAAUUUGUUUCCCCUGAAAAAUCUGUUUCCCUAGGGCAUCACGCUUAUUUUUAUUUUGAAGUGUCCAUUCUAUGAGGAAGAUGUCUGGCUGCACACAUUAGUCUACUUGCUAUUUCUCAAUCUAAUUUCCGCCAACAAGAUUUUGUUGUUCAGUGGAAAACAAGUACAAAAAAGGUCUCAUUGCCAGGGAAACUAAUGUAUUAGAGAAUACAUAGGAAUACAAAUGUUGGCACAGCAACAUUAAAUUGAGAUGAAAAUAAAUCUUGAAACGGACGUCAUGAAGCCACAUUCUCUCUUUCCAGACUGGCACAUUGCCCUCCUGUCUCAGCACUCAUCUCCUCUUGCCUGGUGUGACGUGAGUCCAUGGAACUUUUGCUGAACAGCAGCAGCACAGGAGGCAAGAAAGGGGAUGCUGAAACAUAGUGUACUGACUCAGUAAUUUCAGUUACACACAACAAUCUAACAUCAGCUAGCAUAAGCCGCCGGUCAUAACAGAACUGUUAUGCUGUAGCAGCAAAACCCAGGAGUGAACUGAACUUAACAAGGGUGUGUUUUAAUGCUCAUGAGUUCAGCCUCACUCCAAUCCAGUUUUAUUACAAUUUUGGUCUUUUUUUGUUGUAGUUGUAGUUUUGGUCAUUAUUUUUAUCAGUUAUGCUAAUAUUGUUCGAACAGUGACUGCCGGGGGCCGGGUGUCUGACAGGUUGUAAAGAAGCUAGUCUCGAAUUGUUGCUAAUUGCACAGGAAAACUGUCUACAUAACUAACUUACUAACUACAAAUAUAAAUAUAGUAGGUCAAAGUAAAACAAGACAGUUGAUAGUGAUGAAUAUUAUACAGCCUAUAACAGACAGUUUGAUCAUAAUUUUACCAUUGAUCUUUGUUUUGUCUUACAAAUAAGUUUGACUAACUUAUUGAACCGUCUGACUUCUUUUUAGUGAUGUUGCCAUGUUCCUAGAUCUCAGCAAUUAAGUUGGUUAAGUUAAUGACGGACAUUAUGGCCAAAACAGAUCUAGUAAACCAAAAUCAUCCUCUAAAUUUUGACUUUAAAUAAAACUAGUUUAUUUCGACUUGGAUUUUAUUUUCCUAACUUUGCUGAGUUCUCAUGAAGCGUCAUUGCUAUAAAAUUAGUCAAACAGGGCAACAAACACAAGCAAGGAGACAAUCACUUUUAAACAAGCCCCAGGUUAGUUUAACUUUUUUUAUAAGGUGAAAUUAUUAUAGACCAUGGACUUCAUGGUUCAACUUGGACCUACCGUAUUUAACAUAGCUGGACUAUUGGCCAUAUAAAGAGUGCACUGUAGGGCUUGGGAUCGUUUAAAAAAAUGACGAUACAGUACCAAUACCAGUACCCUUAAAGUAACAAGGGUGAUACCAAUAAAGUACUUCAUUUGUUUUUUCUCACAUUCAAUACCCAUUAGGCUAUGUGAAUGGAAGCAUCCUAGCACGCUGAACAGCAACUCCGUCAAACACUGCGCUCGACUUCACCACACCACAGACUGUAUGGGCCAGUCACACGUCGCAUUAAAUCCAAGAACAAGAAAUGUGCUGAUCCCGAUCACAGUAUCGGAUGGGAGCUGAUUUUUUAAACUGAUCGAGGAUCGGCAUUCACCCUGUUUACCUUACUCCGAUCAUGUACAUCAGCUAGUAGUGAUGGCUGCCUUUAAUCACACAUGCCUUGCGCCACAAACGCACCGCUGCACUUUCAAACCAACACAGUGCGGCCACUCACCAGGGUCUGUUCAGAGAUGUCUCGAAGCUUGCCAGCCCUUGGCAACAAGUAAAAAAGUCCAUCUUUCUUAGUCACUUGGUCCGUAUUUUUUUUUUUUACAGAAGCAGAUUACUCUAAUUCUCCACACUUCUUCCUUGAUUCCACCAGGAAACUACGCUUUCAGGCCGUUAUUGCCUGGAGCUGACAUCGGUAAACACUAGAAGAAAAUCAAAGAUUGACUAUUAAGCGCAAGUUUAAGGUUUAAGUUUAGUUUUCGUUGUCCAGUGGGGAACUUGAGACUGUUUAUUCUUUCGUUGGGGGUUUGCUGGGAUCCUAAAGAGAACUGUUUUGGUGUUGAGAGAAAAGACUCAUUUGCUGCACUAAGUUAAAUGUAUUAAGCUUAAGACAUAUUUUAAUUACUUUGUUUACUUAGUUACUUUUGUAAGCAAAAAACGGUGUGCAGAUUUAUUAUCUGAGCAAAUAAGAAUCAGAUUUAUUUUUUUUUGAUCUGGGAACAAAAAGGAUUGAAUGCAGGUAUCGUUUGGCUGGAGAAGGUUUUUAUAUGACUUGGUACGGGGUUAUUUAUUUCAGCAAAUACCUUAAAGGUAUUGAGCAUCACUCAGUCAGUGCCCUGACUUUUUACUUUCACAUAAAGUGGUAGUUAAUCUGGCUAAACUGUUGGCCUUUUUACAACCGGUCUAAUCAUCUGACCAAUUAGGUUUCUUGCAUUUUUUGUUUCUCGUAUUUGUACUGAUGUCCCCAGGUUCCGAGCUCUCAGCAAUUACUUUGGUGAGUACAAUCAUUACCAAUAGAAAAUCAUGGCCAAAACUACAAAAAUAAAGACCCAAAUUUUAAUAAGCUGUAGUUUUUCUGAACCCACGUCGCUUUAGGUCACAUGUAACACUCCUUGCACCCUUUAACUUCUUGCUUUCUAUGUGAACUAGCACAGGUUGUAUUUAAGCUUUGAAUCUGAUCACAGAUGGCAGCUUUGACCUUUUUUGAAAGUUUGCCAAAAUGUCAACCUAAUGAGUGUGUAUCUACCGCUAACAGCAUGUACUACCGACCGGGCUCUACAAACGCACAUGGGCUCUGUUAAUGGCCUUAUGAGCAGAGCUCCUCAACUCGCUUUUCUUUCCCUUUUCAAGUGUCUUGUUAGAACCGGUGAAACACGGGGGCAAUGCAAUCCUUAAAACACACUGAUGACCGGACCAUGUGGGUCGGGACGAUUGUACACUAUUGUAGAAAGCACACAAUGGGGUGGGAUCCACCAACCCUCUCCUAACGUUCACAUUGCUCUUCAGACUUGACUGUGUAAGCUACAUUCAAUGAUGCAAAAGGAGUGCAUUAUGUAAUAAAACAUCAAAAUGUAACACAUUUUAAUUUCAUUAUGUAAUAAAACGGCGGUUCUUCGCAUUCACAGGCACCAUGUUGCAUUUAAGUUAGGAUACGACGAGCAAUUAAAACAUUUUAUGGUGAAAUGGGCUAUAUUUAAUACCUUUUGAUUUUUCUUCGAAUGCCUUUCAAAGCCAGUAGAGAAAAAUACAUCAAUUUUGGUUGGUUAUUAUAUAAUGUGCCAUAUUAGUACAUAUUCAUUGAAAAAAAAAAAGUGCUGCCGCAUUAUGUAAUAAUUUAUUACAAAAUGAGACAUUUUUUACAUAUUGCGUUCAGGAUUUUUAUUACAAAAUGCGGAUAUUAUUGCAUAAUGAAGCGAACAUUUAUUACAUUUUGACAUUUUAUUACAUAAUGCAUUGCUACAAGGAGAUUCCUGAUGACCUCUCAACCCCCCUGAGAAGUGCAGUGGAGUAAAGCUUCUCUUUGGACAGUAGAUCCAACUGAGCUCUUCAUCUAAUGGAAGUAGGCGGCGUACCUUGCAUUGGAUGAGGUGGUCCAGCUGAAAUUAGGAGAAAGCUGCUUUUCUCUUACACAGGUCACACAUGAUAGCCUACUGAACAAUUAGAAAUAAACUCCAUUAUAUCCUCUUAUUAGACCCAGAUCCCUCACUACCCUGUUGUCCCCGCUGGCUGAACCAUGUCUCCAAUCACUCUGAUUAGGGCUGGGUAUUGUUAAAAAAAUGUCGAUACCAGUGCCAAUACCGAUACCGUGACCAACAUUGAUAGAUCUUGGUAGAAGCACGCUGCAUGCUUAUUGGCUCACUGACGCUGAUGAGAUUUACUCCUUAGGUAUUGAAAUUUGGUAUUGAAUGAUUUUGCGACACUCGAUACUAAGGAGGCAUUUCGGUCGGUGCCUAAAAAGUAUUGAAUUCGGAACCCAGCCCUAACUCUGAUAGCAAGUGGUUGUUCACUUACAGCACAGGGGACACACUAACUUUAGCACUUAAACAUGCUGAACCAUUGAAAUGUAGCUGUAGUACUGGAACGGAACAAUAUGAAGGCUAACAGCAGACCCUCCACAACCAAAGGAGGCCAAAGUUCAGCUCUAAAUAAAUUAAGCACAAAAUCCACCACAGAGAAUACUAAACAUCUUUGGGAAUGCUUUCACACUGCUUACGUUUUAUUUUAGAAAUGAAACAGGAAGUACUUUAGGUCUUGAGCACUACAGAUGACUCAAUCUUAGUUAAAUACAAAAUUAGAAGUUUUUAACACUGGUGAAGGUUUAUAAGCAGAUAUUUGUGCCAGCAGGUUUUGAAUUUGGUUUAUCUGAAUUUGAAAAUUAAGUUUUGUCAUUUCAAGGUGUAUAUCAAGUUUUGAAUUUGAUUAAAAAUGAAUUUGGUUGGACUUCUGUAUAUACAGGUAUUAAACCAAAUUGAUUAAAAUCCAAGUUCAAAUCAUGAUGCUACAGUGCAAACAAGCUUGGAGCAACCCCAUGGAUUAAAUAGAUUACAUGACAUGAGGGUUAUAGGACAUGUCGUGAAUUUGUAUGCGCUGUUUGCAUUUGAAAUUUAAUUUUACAAAUCUGGAUUAUUGAAAAUGUUAUUGAAUUUAAAAUGAUUGAAGUCCAGUUUAAUUAAUUUAAUUUAAUUUUGCUCAUAUUUUUCAAAAUUCAGAGCAAAUGUAGGACUUCUCACAUUGUUUAAAAAUUUUAGCAUAAAAACUGGAGUGAGCUAACUGUUCCCCAUAUCCAAAGUUAAAAAAAUGUCUAGUUCAAGAAUGUGUUCAUGACUUGGCCUUGGAAACAGUAGUUAAAAAGAACUGAAGGUCAACUAACUUGCUUGUUCGGGUGCUUUUGGGCUGCCCAAAAUCACUCCUUAUUGCACAACAUUUGUAUUUGAGUAUCCGAAUUCUGAGUGUGUAAUCUAUGUUCUGUAUAGUUCCCUUAAAAGUGUAUGGUUGCGAUGGCGCUGGCUAAGCUAAAUGCUAAAGAGGGAAACUUGCAGAUUUUCAACCCUUUUGAAAGUUGAGUUGAGUCAUCCAGUGGAGAUUUACUGGCAGGUACUGGUGCCAUUCAUCUACAGCAGUACACAGAAAAUCUGCAAACUUUCCCUUAAGUUACCAGCUAACGCUAGCGGUAGCUAGCUAGCUUAUUUGGUAGAACACUGAAUAAGACAUAUUUAGGUGAACAAAAUGUUCCAAUUAACUUUGAUGAAGUGAAAACAGUGGGAGGGUCUUAAGAAGUUUGAGACAAAAACAAAUUCACGGCUAGAGCCAUGGUUAGCAUUGCUUGUUAUAUGUUUAAACUUCAGAUCAUUGUGAGUACUUUUAGGACUUCUCGUCCAUGUUGGCUUAAAGCGUAAUUCUCGCCAAAAUGCAACCUAGGGU